AUGGUACUACAAGGGUACAACAGAGGGUGUUACAUCGGUAUUACAAGGAAUGUUACAAAGGGUGUUAUAAAAGGCAUUACAAGGAUAAAUCGUUACAAGUUCGACCCGUGUUACAAACUGUAUCUCGCACAAGUGAAACGCGGUGGAUUCGGGCGAACAGUGCCUGGCUACCCACGAUACAGGUACGCCGGUGACAGUGCCAGGGGAGAGCACCACCUGGUUAUCAAGGGCGUGACACUCCAGGACGACGGGGAGUAUCAGUGCCAGGUGGGCCCGACUGCCAACGCCUCCGCUAUCUGGGCCGCUGCCAAUGUCACCGUUUUGGUUCCUCCCGAGAGCAUCAGCAUCAACGGGCGGCCUGACGGGGCGGCGGUGCGGGCGCGGGCGGGCAGCGGCCUCACACUCGAGUGCCUGGUGGAGAAGGGGCGGCCGGCGCCAAGGCUGACGUGGCUCAGGAACGGCCUCCAGAUGGAUCCAGGCCAGCAGGAGGACGAGGUCCUGGCGUCGCCCUCCUCGCCGCUGCUCUGGACGGUCCGCAGCCGCGUGCGGUUACGAGCGCGGAUGGAGGACGACGGGCAGCGGUACACCUGCCGCGCCCUCCAGAUCACUCCCGAACUUGACGAGAACCAAGACAAUCUCGCUCCUCCAAGCUGGAACUUGACUGACUCCGCAGAUGAGACGCCGGAGAUUGGGCCGCCGCUCGUGCCGUCCGGGACUCGAGAAAACGGAGAGACAAUAGCUUCGAGGGGAGACUCCGCUAUUUCUUCGCAACUUCCGCCAACCUCGUCUCAAGAUGCUGGGGGGCCUUCUGCCGGAGGAUCUGCGCCCUUGGAAGUUAGCGUCGUCGUCUCGGUCUUGUGUAUAUAUUCGCCAUCCAUCAAGAAACAAUACCACACCACCUCAACCCCCCCCACAAAAACCACGGCCACGAUAUCAGAUCCAGCAAUCGCAAUUCAAUGCACAGAGGUGUUGGGUCGUCCAGAGCAACCGCCGAGGAUUGCAGGGAAGCAACGGAGACCUCGGCCUUGCAACACGAGCAGGCCCCUCGCUUGCCAGAUGGAGUUGACAAUGGAUGCUAUUGGCUACGAGACAGGCCGCGCGCUCUCCGAAGGCGAGUCCGUCAACCUCACGUGCUCCGUCGGGCCCGCCAACCCCCGUCCUCGCCUGACGUGGCACAAGAACGGCCUGCAGAUAAGUCCCCGCCCGACGGAGCCGACGGAACAGGCGUUGAAUAAGCCGAGCGCGGGUCUGAGCAUCACGAAGGCGGUGACGGCGACGCGGCAGGAGGACGGCGCCGUGUACGAGUGCCGGGUCAACACCUCGCUCUUCGCGCGCCCCCUGGCCUCUGGCGUCACGCUCAGUGUGCAGUAUCCGCCGAGCAACGUGACAAUGACAGGCCCCGAGGUGGUGGGAUCUGGCAACAGUGUCACCUUCACCUGCGUUACGUCACCUGCAAACCCACCUGCGAAUGUGACCUGGACUAUUCACGGGUCACUGAACAAGAGGAGCAAAUCCACCGUCAGCCGAGGACCGGAAGGAGGCUGGGUCACGACCUCUACGUUGACCUAUCGCGUUGCAAGGUCGAGCAAUGAGCUGGUUGUUCGUUGCAUGGCGAGGAAUGCAGCGUCUUCCUCUCCCGUCAUCACGAGCAAAUCAGUUCAGGUUAUCAAGACCCCGAAGCCUCCGGUGGUAGAGGCCGACAUGAAGGGCACGGUGGUUGCAGGCACUGUCCUUGACCUGACCUGCACCACCCACGGAGGUCACCCGCCACGCCAGGUCAAGAUGUUCAAAGGCGAAGAACAGAUGGACAUAGAGGUAGAGGAAGACGAGACAAUGACAGUCGCCCACACCGCCAUCACAGUAGAACCCUCAGACAACAAGGCCAAGAUAGUGUGUGAGGUUCAGAACCCAGCGUCCCAAGAACCACUAACUGGCCACACGACGAUCAGCUUGUUUUUUCCAGCGUGGGAGGUCAAGGGUUGGGUGAAUCCUCGGAGUGUCGAGGUGAAGGAGGAGGUCACCCUCGGCUGUGAGACUUCGCCUAGUAUCCCGCCCUCGACGGUGACCUGGCAUUCGGGAGGUGCCACUCUGGAGGGCGCCACCACGAGGCAGUAUCCGGGCAAAUACGGUGGCACUGUAACUAGCUCGGAAUUGCGUGUGAGGCCGCUUGCAGACGACAAUGGACGCGUGUUUUCGUGCAAUGCCAACAACGGCCUCGGAGUCACCGUCUCUGCAGAUCUGGUCAUUGACGUCUUACACGGGCCUCGCUGGGUCGAAGUUCCCUCCCCCGUGCUAGAUGUAGAGGAAGGCAGGGACGUCAUCAUCAGUGCAAUUGCAAUGGCUAAUCCUCCCCCAGUCAGGUACAAUUGGCGUCGCGAGGAAGUCGACCUGCUCAGCACAGGCAUCAGCGGAGGAGAGUUAAGACUAUACAGUAUAUCCAGGAGUCACUCAGCUAAUUACACUGUGACUGCUACAAGCGCCAGAGGGUCAGAGAGUUAUGCAUUUUUCAUCAAUGUGUUGUUUGGUCCCGAGAAUGUGACAGCACCGGAACGUGUCACAGUAAACACAGGGGAUUUGGCAACACUUACUUGCUCUGCAGUUGGGAAUCCGACGCCUAACGUCACUUGGACCAGACGAUCCGAUAACACCAGAGUUGAGAGUGGAAAGCGUGGGUCGCCUGGUGCUAGCUCUGUGAAAUGUGAGAUUAGUGUUGGCUCUGUGGAAAUCUGCUGGCUCUGUGGAAAUCGUGUUCUGAGAUUAGUGUUGGCUCUGUGGAAAUCGUAUUCUGAGACCAGUGCUAGCUCUGUGGAAAUCAUCAGUGCUGGCUCUGUGAAAAUCGUAUUCUUAGAUCAGUGCUGGCUCUGUGGAAAUCGUAUUCUGAGAUCAGUGCUGGCUCUGUGGAAAUCAUAUUCUGAGAUCAGUGCUGGCUCUGUGGAAAUCGUAUUCUUAGAUCAGUGCUGGCUCUGUGGAAAUCGUAUUCUGAGAUUAGUGUUGGCUCUGUGGAAAUCAUCAGUGCUGGCUCUGUGGAAAUCGUAUUCUGAGAUCAGUGCUAGCUCUGUGGAAAUCGUAUUCUGA